CAGCUGCUCCCUCCUAGAAUCCCCAAUGGAUUUCAAUCAGAAAAGCUUCCGCAGAACCCUGAGUUCUUCCUCCCAGGGCCCUGCACUCAGCAUAAGCAGCUCCAUAUACAGGAAGGGGGGCACCCAGUACCUCGGAGCCGCACCCAGCGUGUAUGGGGGUGCUGGAGGCCAUGGCACCCGCAUCUCAACUUCUAGACACGUGGUGAGCUAUGGGAGCGACCAAGCUGGAGGGGACCUGUGGGUUGGCAAUGAGAAGAUGACCAUGAAGAACCUCAAUGACCGCCUCGCAAGCUACCUAGAAAAAGUGCGGUCCCUGGAGCAGUCCAACUCCAAAUAUGAACUGCAGAUCAAGCAGUGGUAUGAAAGCAACACGCCUGGCAUCAGUCGGGACCACAGCGCGUAUCUCCAACAAAUCCAAGAUCUUCGAAAUCAGAUUAGAGACGCUCAGCUGCAAAAUGCUCGGUGUGUUCUGCAAAUCGAUAAUGCUAAGCUGGCUGCGGAGGACUUCCGGCUCAAAUAUGAGACUGAGCGGGGGAUCCGCCUAACCGUGGAGGCUGACCUCCAAGGCCUGCACAAUGUCUUUGAUGACCUAACCCUAACGAAGACAGACCUGGAGAUUCAGAUUGAAGAGCUGAAUAAAGACCUGGCUCUCCUCCAAAAAGAACAUGAGGAGGAAGUGCGGAGUCUACGCGCUCAUCUGGGCAAUAACGUAAACGUAGAGGUGGAUGCUGCUCCGGCCCUGAACCUCAGCGCCAUCAUGAAUGAGAUGAGGCAGAAAUACGAAGCCAUGGCCCAGGAGAACCUUCAGAAGGCCAAAGAACAGUUUCAGUCACAGAUUGAAACUCUGCAACAAGAAGUCACAGUGAGCACGGAAGAGUUAAAAGGAGCCAAAGAUGAAGUAAAGAAUCACAGACGCACCUACCAGAGCCUGGAGAUAGAACUCCAGUCCCAUCUCAGUAUGAAAGCAGCUUUGGAGCAUACGCUGGAGGAAACCAAAGCUCGUUAUGGUGCCUAUCUGGCCAAACUCCAGACACAGAUAAACUCCCUGGAAGACCAGCUGGUGCAGAUUCGGACCGAUACAGAACACCAGAUCAAUGAGUAUAAUAUUCUCCUUGACAUAAAGACCCGGCUUGAGCAGGAAAUCGCUACCUACCGCCGCCUUCUAGAAGGAGAGGACUACAAAACUACAGAGUAUCAGUUAAGCACCCUGGAGGAGAAAGAUAUAAAGAAAACCAGAAAGAUUAAGACGGUUGUGCAAGAAGUAGUGGACGGCAAGGUUGUGUCAUCUGAAGUCAGAGAAGUGGAAGAAAGUAUAUAAACGGUUGUCAGAAGAUGCUGCUG